UUAGUUCAUCCAAAGAGACAUGCUACGAAAUUCACGAGCAUGAAAAUAUUCCCCUAAUAUAAGAUUUAAUUUCGGGGUAUUCAUCAUGGCAAUCUCAUCAGAUGCACAUCGUCCCUUGCACCAAUAUUAUUAUUAUUUUAUUUUCAUGAUUUAUUGCUUGUUAUGCUUUACGGUUACAAUGAUUGGAGCUUCAAACAACCGUAAUAAGGUGUCUGCGUUAUAUGUGUUUGGAGACUCCACAGUAGACCCGGGAAACAACAACUACAUUAGGACUGCUUUCAAGAGCAAUUUUGAACCCUACGGUAGAGAUUUUGCAAAUCAAGUUCCCACUGGAAGGUUCACCAAUGGAAAGCUAGGCACUGAUUUUAUUGCUUCGUAUUUAGGUCUUAAAGAGUUUUUGCCACCAUAUUUGGAUCCAAAUCUCACAAAUCAAGAACUCAUCACAGGAGUCAGCUUUGCUUCGGCUGGUUCUGGUUAUGACCCACUUACACCAACUCUCAGUAAUGUAAUUUCAAUUGGAAAACAGUUGGAACAUUUCAAAGAAUACAAAAAGAGGUUAGAGAGGAUUCUUGGUAAACAGAAAAUAGAAGAUCAUAUGAAGAACGCUAUAUUUUUUAUAAGUGCAGGGACAAAUGACUUUGUUAUUAAUUAUUUUACAUUGCCAAUACGAAGAAAGACCUACUCCCUCAUAGCAUACCACCACUUCUUACUUCAACAUGUACAAAAUUUCAUACAGGAAUUGUUGAGGGAAGGUGCUAGAAAGUUAGGUGUGGUUGGACUACCUCCAAUGGGAUGCUUGCCAAUCAUGAUCACAUUCAAUUCCAACAAUGCCUUACUGGAACGUGGUUGUGUCGACAUGUUUUCUUCUGCUGCAAGAAAUCACAAUCUCAUCCUUCAAAACCAAUUGAACUUAGUGCAAUUGAAUUCCUCUAUGUCUACCGGUGCUAAGAUCUACUACGUUGACAUAUAUGAACCCUUGUCCAACAUGAUUCACGGCCUUGAUGAUAAUAAUAAUAAUGGCGGUUUUGAUGAGGUAGAUAGUGGUUGUUGUGGAAGUGGUUACAUUGAAGCAGCAUUUUUGUGUAACAGAGCUUCACAUUUGUGCUCUGAUGCAUCAAAGUAUGUAUUCUGGGAUUCAAUACACCCUACGGAGAAGGCAUAUUACAAUAUGUACCUCACUUCACGUCACGUCAUUGAUGCACUUGUAACCGCCUAGAAAAUAUGAUUAUUCCCGUUGCCAUUUACUCUAUUUGUAUAUUGUAGAUUGUAAAUUUUAAAUUUCUCAUCACCCUCCCACCCCUCAAUAUUUUGGUAUAUAUGAAAUUUAUGGUAUUAUAUUUAUUUUAUUUCAAUCUGUAACAUUAUUAUUAUUAUAAAGAGU